AUGGUAGCCGCCGAUAGCAGCUCUGCCGAGCAGAAAUUCGAGCACGACAUCAUGUCCGACUCCAAGCCAACCGUGGAGAAGGUCUCGCCGACUCCCUCGGCGACGGCCGAUGCCGACGAGGACGACAGAAAUGUCAAGCUGAGCACAAAGACGAUCAUGGCCGUGACCGCCGUCUGCUUGAUCUACUUUGCCCAGCUGACUAUCCUGGUGGGAGCCGGCUCUCAAGGCCAAGCCAUUUCCGGCCACUUCGGGGCCACAGACAAAGUCAGUUGGCUGACAGCGCCCAUCACCAUCCUUACGGUCGUCCUAUGCCCCAUGGUUUCGCAAGCCUGCGACUUCUGGGGACGCAAAUGGUUCCUCACCCUCUUGGUCUUCUGCGGCGCCAUCGGCAGCCUCAUCGUCGCCCAAGCAAAGUCAAUGGGGAUGGUCAUCGCAGGCGUUAGCAUCGUCGGCGUGUCCUUUGGCAACCAGCCGCUCCUCCACGCCGUCGUGUCCGAGGUGCUGCCACGCCGGUGGCGAGGCUAUGGCCAGGGAGCAUGCGCUGCUGCCAACUCGCUGGGGUGCAUCCUCGGCCUGGUGGUGGGCGCGGCGCUGAACAGGACGAACGACCCCACGAAGGAGGGUUUCCGCAACUACUUUUACAUGACCAUGGCGAUCCACAUCGUCGCGGGCUUGCUGACUCUCGUGGGAUACAAUCCACCCCCGACAACGAAGCAAAAGGAGUAUCGCGGACGCACCAUGGACAAGCUCAAGAAGCUCGACUGGGCUGGCUUCGUCCUGCUUGCGGCCGGCCUGACCCUCUUCUGCCUCGGGUUGUCAUUCUCGCAGAACCCUUACCCGUGGACGGAUCCGCAUGUCUGCGCGACAUUUGCGGUCGGUAUGGCAUUCGUCGUGGCCCUCGUCGUCUAUGAGACGUGGUUCACCAAAGAGGGCAUGUUCCACCACGGACUCUUCCAGAUGGGCCGCAACUACGCUAUCUGCUUGUUCUGCGUCUUUACCGACGGCAUCUCCUUCUUUGCGGCAAAUCUUUACUUUGCCUUUGAGGUCAAUGUCCUGUACGAGACGGAUGCCAUGCUCAUCAACGCCAGACUCAUCGUCUGGUUCGUUGCAUGCAUCUUCGCCGCCAUGGGCACGGGGCUGUGGUGCUCCAGAUUUCGCAAUGCUCGCUGGCUCACCGUUGCUGCGCUCCUCCUCAUGGUCAUUUUCUUUGCCGUCAUGGCCAAGGCGGACCGCUCGACCAGCAACGCGGUUUGGGGAUACCCGGUGCUUCUGGGUUGGGGUCUCGGCAUGUCCAUUACGACCCUCGUCACUAUCGCUCAACUGUCGACGCCUCCAGGUUUGAUCGCCCUUGCCAGCGGUCUGAUCAUCUCCGUGCGGUCGAUUGGUGCUACCGUCGGUAUCGCCGUCUACAAUGCCCUCUUCGUGGCCGAGCUUUCCCACAUGGGCGACAACAUUGCCCACGCUGCCAUCUCCCAUGGCCUCAACCCGCAGUUCCUGCCCGAGUUCAUCGGCGCAUUGAACACGCGCAACGAGACGGCCAUGGGGAUGAUUCCCAACGUGACGGAGGAGAUGGUCGAGGCCGGUGUUGAUGCGCUGGUGGGCACCUACAAUGGCGGAUUCAACCACGUCUGGAUUGCCGGUGCGUGCUUUGCCGCCGUGGCCGCCACCGCUGCCUGCUUCCUGUACGACCCAGUGAAGGAGUUCAACAUGCGCGUGGAUGCCCCAAUGGAGGAGAAGAGCGAGAACGACUCUGUAAUCUAA